GUGAAGUAAAACCCAUCUCACAUUCAAGUGACUGAAAAUAUAAAUAUAAACAUUUGUGUUAUUAUUUACUCAUUGAUAAAUCAGCAGCAAUACGAACAAGGUUAAUUAUCAAGACAUAAUAAAAUAUGGCAUUUAUUUAUUUGAAUAAGGAACUACUACUCAAAACCAAUGUUGAAAAUUGCUUAGAUAUCAAACAAUUGAUUUCCCAAAAAUGUGGUUUAUUACCAAAUGAAAUAUAUCUGGAAAAGAAUGGGCGUCGAUUAACGUUGGAUGACAAGAUUUCUGGUGUGGCGCAAUGUCGUGUAUGCAUUUUGGGUGGCAAAGGUGGAUUUGGUUCUAUGUUACGUGCCAUUGGUGCACAAAUAGAAAAGACAACAAACAGAGAAGCAUGUCGUGAUCUUAGCGGGCGUCGUUUACGGGAUAUCAAUGAAGAAAAGCGUCUUAAAGCAGUUUUGGAGAAAAUGGGAGAUUUAGAACGCGAAUCACAGGAACGGAAAAAGCGCAAAAUUGAAAAAUUACUUUCAGUUCCUAAGCAUGAUUUUAAAGACGCGGAGUACGAAGAUGCCAGAGCUAAGUUAGAGGACAAAGUAAACAGCGCGGUGGAAGAAGGUCUUAAAAAGAAUGAUAAUAAGCCCAGUAGCAGUUCGGAAUCGUUGAAACGUAAGCACACACAAACGAGCAAAGCUGAUCCUAAAAAGAAGAAAAAUGCUUUAUGGAUUGACGACGAUCUUUUGAACUCGGAUGAAAGUAGCAGUGAAGAUUCUUCUGAUGAAUCAAAUGUACAAAAAGUAGUAGUUGUUAAAAAAACGGACACAGUGUCUAAAGAACCCAAUGCUGCAAAAUAAAGAAAAUUUGUGAAAAUAAAAAAAAAUUGGAAAGUUUAA